AGAUGAGUGAUGACUGUUCGAGCUCUUCCAACAGGAAAGCGCAAGAAGUCUGGUAAUGGCGUGAUUAUGAAAACAACCGUUUCUUCCAAACUUCAGAAAGAGGAUGUCCGGCUCAGUCAUUCCGUCAACAACUAUAUGGAGUCAAAUAAUACUGUUAUCUCCAAACCACGCCACGUCUUCUUCUUCUACAGUGUCGUCAUCGUCGUUCGCUUCUAUCCGACUCCACCACACUAUUCGACGUCUCAUAGUGAAGUUAUGGCCAUGCAAUGCGCGCCGACGGGCAUCGCGUUGAGAGCAAUCUGCAGUUCAAUUGAAAACUCUUUUGACACGUCACAAGCGCACCCGGAUACUUCCUAUACUCUACCAGCCACUAUAAUCGAACAGGACCGUAUCAGAGAAGCUCUUCACGAGGCAGAAGGGUUGCAAAACCAAAUUGAAGAAAUGAUCAAGUCGUAUGCGAAGAAUGAAAGGCUUGACCUCCUUCAAGAAAUCAGCGAAGUUAUGAGAAAUGGGAUCAGACAGCUGCCACUGGAAACACUUGAGAAUCGUUUCGCGAGGCGACAGGAAAUGCAGACAACAGGAGCUGGCCCCACCCCAGUGCGAAUUCAGUCAUAUAAAAGUAGAUUCCAAUUGAAGCUAGAAAAGAAGAAACAGGAAAAACACUAACUUCCGAGCAGUGCUGCCGUUUUUUCUCCACAAAGAUUCGGCACAAGUGUCGUUUUUUCAAAUUUUUGUUCUUGUUUUCCUCCUAGAUUCUGAUUUUGCUACCUCUCUGAAGAUGUAAGUGGUGUUUCUUUUCCACUUCUCAAUGGACAUAUGUCUUAGUCGGCUUUACAGCUUUAUAAAAUGCCGUACUAGUCAUUUUUGAUCUUAGUGUUUUGUCGUUUCUCAGGCAAACUACUGCUUUCAU